GCGUCGUCAAUGGGAAGAGAACGCGGCGGUGGAAAAGCGCAUUAUAUCUUUUAACUUCCAGUGACACGAUGGUUUCGACUUCAGUUCUGUGUUUGUGGACUAUAUUUUGCCUUCAUUUAUGUUGUUAUGUGAACACUGGAAUAGCACAGAAUUCGAGAGAAGUGAUCUUACUGGAUUCUAAGGCGCAACAAACAGAGCUGGAAUGGAUUUCCUCUCCGUCGAGUGGGUGGGAGGAGAUCAGUGGGUUGGAUGAAAACUAUACGCCCAUACGUACUUACCAAGUGUGCCAGGUCAUGGAGCCAAAUCAGAAUAACUGGCUUCGGACUAACUGGAUAGAGAAAGGUGAUGCCCAGAGGAUUUUUGUAGAACUGAAGUUCACCUUGAGGGAUUGUAAUAGCCUACCAGGUGUGGUGGGGACUUGCAAGGAGACAUUCAACUUGUAUUAUCAGGAAACUGACACAGAGGUUGGGAGGAACAUACGUGAGAGUCACUAUGUGAAAAUCGACACUAUCGCUGCAGAUGAAAGCUUCACCCAGGGGGACCUUGGUGAAAGGAAGAUGAAGCUGAAUACCGAAGUGCGUAUAAUUGGCCCCCUGUCUCGACGAGGGUUUUACCUGGCCUUUCAGGACGUAGGGGCCUGCAUCGCCCUGGUCUCGGUCAAAGUGUAUUACAAAAAGUGUUGGUCCAUUAUUGAGAAUCUGGCGACUUUUCCGGACACGGUGACUGGAUCCGAGUUCUCGUCCCUAGUCGAGGUGGAGGGUACGUGUGUGAGCGAUGCAGAGGAGGAGGCUGACAACUCUCCCAAAAUGCACUGCAGUGCAGAAGGAGAAUGGCUGGUGCCCAUUGGGAAAUGUAUAUGCAAAGCGGGAUUUCACCAGAAGGGCGACGCAUGCGAACCUUGCGGGCGCGGAUUCUACAAGUCUUCCUCCCAGGACCUGCAGUGCUCCCGCUGUCCGGCGCACAGCUACAAUGACAGGGAGGGCUCGUGGCGCUGCGACUGCGAGGACGGCUACUACAGGGCGCUGUCUGACCCGCCGUCUGUGGCCUGCACCAGGCCCCCGUCGGCGCCGCAGAACCUGGUCUACAACAUCAACCAGACCACCGUCAGCCUGGAGUGGAGCCCCCCGGCGGACUCGGGCGGACGCAACGACGUCACCUACCGGAUUAUCUGCCGGCGCUGCAGCUGGGAGCCCGAGGAGUGUGUGGCGUGCAGCGGCGGCGUGGGCUACUCUCCGCAGCAGGCGGGACUCGUGGACACCUACGUCACCAUCAGCGACCUGCUGGCGCACGCCAACUACACCUUCGAGGUGGAGGCCGUCAACGGCGUGUCUGACCUCAGCCGCACCCAGAGGCUGUUUGCCGCCGUCAGCAUCACCACCAGCCAAGCAGCCCCGUCACAGGUCAGCGAGGUCAUCAAGGAGAGUGUCCAGCAGCGGAGCAUCCAGCUCUCCUGGCUGGAGCCCCAGCAGCCCAACGGAGUCAUCACCGAGUACGAGAUCAAGUACUACGAGAAGGAUCAGAAGGAUCGCAUCUACUCCACGGUGAAAUCAAAGUCAACAUCAGCUACAGUAAACAACCUGAAGCCAAGCACAGCAUACGUGUUUCAGAUCCGGGCAUUCACCGCCGCGGGUUAUGGCACCUUUGGGCCGCGUCUAGAGGUCACCACGAAAGAAGAGCCAGCAGCCACCAUUGUAUCCAGUGAGCAGAACCCCGUCAUCAUCAUCGCAGUGGUGGCCGUUGCGGGGACCAUCAUCCUGGUGUUCAUGGUGUUCGGCUUCAUCAUUGGGAGAAGGUACGCUCUCGCGGGCCCCAUUGACUCUCCGCUGCUGCAUUGUGGCUACAGCAAGGCCGACCAGGAAGGGGACGAGGAGCUCUACUUCCAAUUUAAAUUUCCAGGCACCAAAACAUACAUUGACCCUGAAACCUACGAGGACCCAAACAGGGCUGUCCAUCAAUUUGCCAAGGAGCUGGAUGCGUCGUGCAUUAAGAUUGAGCGGGUGAUUGGAGCAGGGGAGUUUGGAGAAGUGUGCAGCGGGCGCCUGAAGCUCCCGGGGAAGCGGGACUCGCCGGUGGCCAUUAAAACUCUCAAGGUGGGCUACACAGAGAAGCAGAGGCGAGACUUCCUCUGCGAGGCCAGCAUCAUGGGCCAGUUUGACCACCCUAAUGUGGUUCACUUGGAGGGAGUGGUGACCAGAGGAAAGCCAGUGAUGAUUGUAAUUGAAUACAUGGAAAAUGGCUCAUUAGAUGGCUUCCUUAGGAAACAUGACGGUCAAUUCACCGUCAUCCAGUUGGUGGGCAUGCUGAGAGGCAUCGCAGCGGGAAUGAGAUACCUCUCCGAUAUGGGCUACGUCCAUCGAGAUCUGGCAGCGCGCAACAUCCUUGUCAACAGCAAUCUCGUAUGUAAAGUGUCUGACUUUGGCCUGUCAAGAGUGAUAGACGACGAUCCCGAGGCUGUCUACACAACAGCGGGGAAGAUGCAGGAUAUAAUGAAUUUGAUCUUUACUCCUGCCACUGACCUGCGUUUUACUGAACAGGGUGGGAAAAUACCAGUUCGGUGGACAGCAACGGAGGCCAUCCAGUACCGUAAAUUCACAUCCGCUAGCGAUGUGUGGAGUUACGGCAUUGUCAUGUGGGAGGUCAUGUCCUAUGGGGAGAGGCCUUAUUGGGAUAUGUCCAAUCAAGAUGUUAUAAAGGCAAUUGAGGAAGGCUAUCGGCUGCCCGCACCCAUGGACUGCCCUCCAGGCCUACAUCAGCUGAUGCUUGACUGCUGGCAGAAGGACCGGGCAGAUCGACCCAAAUUUGAUCAAAUAGUUGGCAUCCUUGAUAAAAUGAUUCGCAAUCCUAGUACUUUAAAGACUCCGAUGGGAACAUGUACGAGGCCCAUCAGUCCCCUCCUAGACCAGAGCACACCAGACUUCACCACUUUCCGCUCGGUGGGAGACUGGUUGGAAGCCAUCAAGAUGGAGAGAUACAAAGACAACUUGACCGCGGCUGGCUACAGCUCUCUGGAAUCAGUGGCAAGGAUGACGAUCGAGGAUGUGAUGAGCUUGGGGAUCACUUUAGUGGGCCAUCAGAAGAAGAUCAUGAGCAGCAUACAGACUAUGAGGGCCCAGAUGCUGCACCUCCACGGCACCGGAAUCCAGGUGUGACGAGAGCGGCCGGUCGCGCACCCUCCUGGGCCCGUGGGGGACAGCGGGGAGGGCGUCAGGGGACACCCGGAGCCCUCGCUCACUCAGGCACCACCGAGGAUAAUCAAUACGGACAAAACGUUGUGCUUUUUUCUUUGUCGUCGUCUUCGUCGUCGCUCUUACUCUGGAUCUUCGGAAUGAACAAAAAGAAAAUCAUUCCUUUGUACUUUGGCAAAGGAUUUG